UAUCCGUCUCUUGAGCUAGAUGAAUAGGAGGAUAAGUAGAAUUUAAUUUGGUAAAAUGUUCACAACCCUGUCUAUAAGUUGCACGCUGACAGUUAUCAUUAAUUUGAUGACGCAGUUGCAAGAAACAGAAUGCACAAGCAUUUCUUUUAAAAACUCUUGGUACAUAUUUUCGGAGUCUGGAAAAAGAUGGGAAGAGAACAGAGACUUCUGUCGGUGCAAAGGAGGAGACUUGGUAUCGAUUGAAACUGAACAAGAAUGGAAAUUUAUUAAUAAGGAGAUUCAAAAGCGCAGUACUACCGACGGUAAUCAUGAAUGGGACAUUGGUUUAAUAAAAAAGGACGCAAAUUGGACUUGGGUGAGUGGAAUACCGUUGACUAUAUGCAAAUGGAGUAAAGGGGCACCAAGUGGUGACGGAGAUGUUGGUCAAAUAUACAAGAAGUCUCCUUAUGGCAAACAGGGCCUUUUUAAUGAUCUCGCUGGCAAUCGACCCGAAGCUUUUAUUUGUGAAAUUUCCAAAGGCUACUGCCGAAAUUACUCUGGAAUACCUUGUACACUCGAAUAUGGCAAUAAGAGUUGGGUGCAGAAUUGCAACUUUACCGAUUAUACUUGCCAACUGAAGUGUAUAAUAAGUUGUGAGGGAGUGCUAAAUAGGAUGCUUCCCAGGUUUUGGGAGGAAAAACAGAGUCAGACGUACAGCCCAUUGGCAGCUCGCUGUAAAGAGAUCAGACGCGAAAAAAGUAGCCUUUAUCAGAUAUGCAACACUACAAAGUGUAAUAUGACCAGCGGCGAAAAGACAUUUGCUAAAAGACAAUCCUACACUUGCAAUCGUACGAUUUGUGGACGUCAAUGCAUUGGGAUAAGGUGCACACAAAAAUGCCGAGAAAGAAAAACUGUGGCAUCAUCAUCAACUUCACCAUCGCCAUCGUUGCCGCCAACGCUAUCAUCGUUGCCGCCAACGCCAUCAUCGUUGCCGCCAACGCCAUCAUCGUUGCCGCCAACAUCAUCAUCAUCGUCGCCGCCAACAUCAUCAUUGUCGUCGCAAAAAUUACAGAAGCUGACAAGUGAAUACCUUAUCAAACUAAACAGGAUAAAUAUCAGCAAUAGCAGCUCUUUGCAGGAAGCUGUUAGGGUUUUUGAACUCUUCAUCACCGGUAUUGAAAACAUUACCAAAUCUGUUAAGAGCUUUUCUGGUACAGAAGAGACUAAGACACUCAAAAGAUCCACUUUUCGGGUGGCAGUCACGUUUGAGAAAUUUGCAGUAAAUUAUAGCAAGCUCCACACCAUUGGAAGAAAGUCCGCCGUGGUUAUCGACAGCCAAAGGAUGGGACUGAGCGUUCAAAAAGUCUAUCGUCAAAAGCAAAGUGACUUCUACUUUGGAGAACAAGAAUGGAAAGCAAGCAUCAAGGUCCCUUCUGCCAAUUUUGCGAACAACGCUACUUAGGCUCCAGGAUAAUGGCCGUGACUAUGGAUCCGAAACCAAACAAGCUGCGAGAGAAUGUCAUCUUAAAGUUCAGAAACCUGAGGGUAGAUGGAGAAAAGAAAUGCAUGUUUUGGAGUGGCUUCGGUGAAAG